CUCUUGCGUGUAUUUUAUUAAUAGAAGCGUUCCUGCCAAGAAAUCUCUCCCUCCUCCAUUUUUCUUUUAUUUUUAUUAUUAUUAUCCACUCUUCUCUUCUCUUUCUCUUCCUUAAUUAUAUACAAUUAACUAUCUAAUUACUCUAUAUGUAUAUAUAUAUAUAAAGAAAGAGAGAGACAGAGUUAGUUAAUCAUAUACGCAUUCCUUAUUCGACGACUUCUCUUCUCUAUCCUCUCUGGUCUCACGUUUCUGCGGAUUUCUUUUUUUUUUUUAUUCUCGUCAUUUCUCUCUUCAUUCGCAGAAUCAGAGAUCCCUCUCUUUAAAAAGGAAAUUUUUUUUGUUUUUCUCUUUUUAAAAUUUGAUUGCAGUACUUCGAUUCCUUCAAACGAAAGUUUUGCCUUACAGUAUAUAUCAGAGGAAUUUUUGGCGGGCGAUUGUUGUAGAGAUCAAGAAUGUUAGGAGAUUUCAUCAACAGAUGUCUUGUGUUGCUUUUUGGGUAUGCAUACCCAGCUUUUGAAUGUUUCAAAUCAGUAGAGAAGAACAAAGUUGAAAUUGAAGAACUUAGAUUUUGGUGUCAAUAUUGGAUUAUAAUUGCUAUCCUUACUUUUUGUGAGAGGAUAGGUGACAUAUUCAUUUCAUGGCUGCCAAUGUACGGAGAAGUGAAGCUUGCAUUUUUUAUCUACUUAUGGUAUCCAAAAACAAAAGGAACUGGCUACAUAUAUGAAAGUCUGUUGAGGCCUUUUGUAGCAAAGCAUGAAACUGAAAUUGAUAGGAAGCUACUGGAGUUGAAAGCAAGAGCUUGGGAUUUUGCCAUUUACUAUUGGCAAAACUGCACAAAACUGGGCCAAUCCACUUUCUUUCAAGUUCUUGAAUACUUAGCUGCUCAAUCUGGAAAAGUUUCUAUCACAAACACAACCACUAAGACUAAGAAGAGGGACGACUAUGAACCAAGCGCACCACCUGCACCUACAGGUUUAAAUGAAUCGCCAUCAAUGAGCAAACACAGGACCAGCAAGUGGCCACCAAGGGCUCCGCCGCCGCCAAGCGGCAGAAUCAACCGCUCAGUUACAGAUUCACCAAAAGCUAAUAGCGUCCAAGUCAAACUCAAUGAAGAAACAGAAUAUUUACAGACGGUGGACCCAAGCACAAGCACCGGCGGCUCUGAAACCGACGCCAAUGCUAAUCUCCACCAAGCUCGGCUGAGGCUCCGCCGUAUGAAACCAAUUCAAAACUGAAGAUGAAAGAUAAUUUGUAAUCUGUGAUUGUAAAAAAAUAGGCAAAUUCCUCUAAAACUAAAUGAGAAAAUUGAAAAAAAAAAAAAAAAAAA